UGCUUGUAUACCACUCAUUUUUCUUCCAUCUGUGUCUCAGCGGGUACUGACCACUCUCUUUCCCCAGUCAGAUCUAGACUCAUUCAGUAGGUGCAGCUGCUCUGGUCAACCGAUCUUUGACUUUGUAUGUUGAGCUAGGUGCCCGGUUUUUUCUUGCUCUCCUACUGUUAAAGUCAUGUUGUGUUCCCGGAUGGUCUCCCAAGUGGGCAUCAGGCGUGCCAUCCCUCCAAGUUUAUCUCGACCGAUUUCUUCUCUGUAUACUCGUUGCUCUGGCCUCCCUGCAUCAAGGCGACAGAAUCUCUUAAACCACAACACACGCUAUGUGACGGCGUAUUCCUCAACCACAUCAUUGACGCCCAAGUCGACUGAUCACAGCGCCUCUAUACUUCAACAUGAAGCCAAUAUAGACCAUACUCCGCCGCCUGUCCGCUACGAGCCUCCGAACUCAGGCUUCCUCUCCUACUUGCCUGCCUCGUUUGUGCCAUACGCCGAAUUGAUCCGCAUCGACAAGCCAGUGGGCACUUACUAUCUGCUUUUUCCCUGUGUCUUCAGCACGCUCCUUGCUGCUCCGCUAGCUUCACCCAUCACCGCGCCCUCGACAGUACUGGCUACCUCUGCUCUUUUUGCUACAGGUGCUCUCGUCAUGCGCGGUGCAGGAUGUACCAUCAAUGAUCUGUGGGACCGCAACUUGGAUCCUAAAGUCGCUCGUACUCGGCUUAGGCCCAUUGCCCGUGGCGCCAUUUCUCCAGAGGCUGCAAUCAUUUACACCGGUUGCCAACUCUUGACCGGCUUGGCUGUGCUCUUACAGUUCCCGUUCGAGUGCUUUUUCUAUGCCACGCCCUCUUUGCUGCUGGUAUCAACAUACCCACUCGCUAAGCGCAUCACCAACUACCCUCAAGCCGUGCUUGGUCUCACUUUCUCCUGGGGUGCCAUUAUGGGGUUCCCUGCUUUGGGCGUUGAUCUCUUGUCAAACCACAAUGCACUCACUGCUGCGGCUUGUCUGUAUGCCUCGAAUAUUGCUUGGACCAUCCUAUACGAUAUGAUCUACGCGCAUCAGGACAUCAAAGAUGACGCAAAGGCCGGCAUCAAGUCAAUCGCUCUUCGUCAUGAGAAGAAUACAAAGGCAGUUCUCAGUGGUCUCGCUGUUAGCCACGCUACGUUACUGGCUGCCGCUGGGGCUGCUAUUGGGGCUGGUCCGAUCUUCUACAUUGGCACUUGUGGAGGUGCUCUGCUCACCACUGCGAACAUGAUUUGGAGAGUUCAAUUGAGCAGUGUAAAGAACUGCUGGUGGUGGUUCAGAAGUGGAUGCUGGAUGACUGGCGGCGCCAUCACUCUUGGCCUUACCGGAGAAUACCUCGCUCAUUAUCUCGGAUGGUACGAAGACGAGGCUCAAUAGUCUCUUUGGCAGCUGCCAUCUCAUGUAUGUAUAAGUACGAUCAUUGUAUGAUAGACGUCUUGAAGUCUCUGGACGAGCCAUGUUGAGCCGCGCUCUGUUUGUGACAUAUCUGUCUUCAAGUCUUGACACCUGAGUACAUUUAUAUUCUCGAUGGACGGUCCUAAAUUCGAGGCGUUGCAGCACCCGAAAAUGGCAGAAGGUGGGGCCCUUGUCAUGCCGAUCAUCUGUACGCAAUCGAAAGUUGCAUCUUGUGGCUUCCACUUCCCGAACUUGGUCUCCCAUCUGGGCCACUCGAUGCAAG